AUGACCGCCGUUGCGUUGCAAGUAGCCGACCUCUUUGACGUCCACGCCGUCGAAGCUCCCAUUAAUCGCCUUGUUUCAGCACUGAAUGAUCAGGCCGCACAAAUCUAUGAAUUACAGGAGACUUUGCAGCGUUUGCAGGCCGUACAACGCGAAAGAUUGUUAGACUGCAAAAAUCUUCAUAGUGCUGUCUCUUCACUCGAGCUCCAUCUUCAUGCUACGUUUAACGACACGAAUGCAUUAAAACAAUUCCAAAUUGUAGCGCAAAGGCAUCUUGAGGCAAACAAUCGCCAGUUACAACUCAAAGCGGACCGUCAGGAGGUUCAUAAUGCAAAUAUGCGAAUUAUAAAAAACAUCGAGCAUCUUGAAUCCACACUUCGCUCUGAGCUUGCCAGUCUGUCAUUAGUGCAAUGUUUACAAACAGAGCAGAAUGAGCUGAAUGAGAAAAUGAAGAUCAUGGAAAAGCAAUUAGUAUCGAAGAUGGACAAGUCGGAGGCAACACUAUUAGACAGUGUCUUGAUACAAAUUCGCAGCUUUCAGCCGAUGGCUUCGCAACUAUCGCAACAGUUAACAAACGUCCAUAAACAACAAGUACAGGUCGAGCGCUCCCUGGCUCAGCUCAACCUAAAGUGCGAGGCUCGUCAUCUUGAACAAGAAAAACUACAGCAACAUACAAACGAUAUCCAACAAUCGCUUGACGAUGUAAAGAAUCGUUACCAGCAAAUUGUCGCUCCGCAGAUCCAACGACUGGACGAUACGACGGAGCAGUUGAAUCAGACUUUACAUCAGGUAAAUACCAGUACAGUUAUCACCAAUUCGACUCUACGCACGCUGUCAGCAAAAUUCCAUUCGAGUGCUGGAUCAUUCGCCACCCAGCUUCAACAACAGUAUCGCCACUUCGAGAAUGCUUUUAAAAAUAGAGCUUCACGGCUUGAAAUGGAGACUCAGCUUGCAGUCUUGAGCAAACAAAUUGCGACCAUGGCAUCUGAUACAGAUCAUAAAGCUCUUACUGGUUUGCGCAACGUGGUGAAGCAUAUGAACACAAUCUCGAGCUCGUAG